UGAUACUGUCGCAACUCCCUAGUCUGUACUUGUAGCUCAGCAAUCGAUGAGAAAAUGGCUUGCCUUGGAAGAGUAGCGAACGUGUUUCGGAACACUGUCCGGGGUUCAAGGUCUCUAAAAGGUUUAACAUGGCACCGAGCUGUCGGACCGGCCAUUGGAGGCACAAUUGUUGGGGCUGGAGUCAUUUGUUAUUAUUACCCAUUUAAUGUAAACCGCACAAGUUUGCCUAUCGUCGUAGCUCAAGCGGAAGAGCAAAAAGAGGCUGCUGCUCCCCAAAUGUCAGCCAGAAAAAGGCGUUUUACCCAGUUUGCCUCAGUUGCUUACAAAGACGAGCCCUACAUGACACCGAGAGACUUCCUCUUCUCCGUGAUGUUGGAGAAUGUUGAUCGAAAACUGCAAAAGAGAGUCCUAACAAAAGAAGAUGUGGAUAAGAUGGUGGUCGCUGCCGUCAAAGCUCGUCCUGGAAAUUCUUUGUUCAGGCUGUGGGGAGACAACGGUUUGAUUUCCUACACUGAAUAUCUCUUCUUGCUGACUAUUCUGACAAAGCCACGGACAGGAUUUCAUAUAGCUUUCAAAAUGCUGGAUGUGGAUGGCAAUGAGCAUGUGGACAAAAGGGAGUUCAUGAAGCUCAAGAAUAUCAUUGGAAAAAAUAAAAGGAGGAUUCCAAAGGAGAGCACAGAGAACCCAAUGGAAGAAGUGGAGCAUGUGAACACUACUCUGCAGGCCUACUUCUUUGGAAAAAGGGGAGAUAACAAGCUGCAAUAUAAAGAGUUUCACAAGUUCAUGGAGGACCUCCAGGCUGAAGUCCAGGAGAUGGAAUUCCUUCAGUUCUCCAAAGGAAUGGACACUAUGCGACGGGAAGACUUUGCCGAGUGGCUGCUCCACUACACCAAUGAAGAAGCAAACGAUGUCUACUGGGAAAACAUGAGGAAGAGGAUCCCUGCUGGCCAGAGCAUCACAUUUGAGGAGUUCAAAGCCUUCUGCCUGUUCACAAACAAUCUGGAGGACUUUGCAAUUUCCAUGAAGAUGGUCAGUGAAGCCAACCGUCCCGUGGGAAUGGCCCAGUUCAAGCGGGCCGUAAGGAUCGCCACAGGUCAUGACCUGUCAGAGAACGUGUUGGACACGGUCUUUAAACUCUUCGACAUGGACGGGGACAACUGUCUGAGCCACAAGGAGUUCAUUGGCGUGAUGAAAGAUCGAGUGUUGCGGGGCCUCAAGGUGCAUCCACAGAAUGGCUUCUCUGGCUACUGGAAGUGUGUGAAGAGAGAAACCUUGAAAGGAGCCAAGGAAGCGCUGGGAAACGGCGGAUGUCCCAUCUGAGUGACUUGAUGUCUCAGGACACGUCUGGCACCCACUACUGGCGACCCCCGCAUUUAAGAUAGCAAAUAUAGAUAUUGUUUUGCUUUUUACCAUUUAUGUACAAAUGAUUGUGCUCAUAAAACAUAUUAGCUUGUG